AUGAUAAGGCCCCUCACCUUCUACGAUCUGCCUCUGAAGGCACGAAAACUUGUCUACCAUUAUUUGGGCUGGUCAGACUGCACCGUCGACCUCAACUACAACCAGCUAGUCAUAUUCCCGCAAGAAACAUAUCCCGAUAAAGAGCGUGUGGAAAAGAUGUUUUGCUUUCACGACGGGUGGUUCGACAUCACUCAUCGUGAGGAAUACCAUACCUUGACGGAAUAUUGGACAUGUGAUUGGGACCAAUACGAAACGAGGGGCUAUCACUCGCACGAAUGUAGCAGAUACGGUUGCCGCGGUGCGCCAUCUAUCACAGAUUGGCUCAAUGGCAAGUACGGAUCCAAAAAAGAAGCCCCCGAACCGUUGAAGAUAAUACUGGGUUCAAAUCAUUUCCGAAUUUGCCGGAGUAGUCCAUAUGGAUUUGCGCCAUUCUUUGACAUCUCGAGCGACAUGUUGCGCGAUCUAGGCACGCUGACAGUACGUCUUGACGGAGAACCCGUUGAAUCCAUUGAGGUCGGCCACUGCUGGGAGAGACUCGAUCAGCUUCUGCCAUUGAAUCUCGACAGUCGAUUUGGAAAGUACGGACUAAAAGAGUGGGAGAGAUUGGUCCAACGGCUAGCAGAGUGCAUACGACCAGAUUACCUUACUUUAUAUCUCAUAGUCAACGUCAAGGACGCUGCAACUGCACAAGCCGUUCUGAAACCCCUCUACCAGCUGCCUAGGCUCAAAGAUUGCGGCCUUUGGCUCAACAAGGAACAUGUUCCCGAGCUCAGCAUGCUUGCGCAGGAAACUGUCAAGCGUCUAAAAAAAUCUGCCCAUACCGAGCAACCAUUCAAAUAUCCUGAUUUGCCGAUCGAGGUUAGGUGGAGAAUACUGGAGUACUCUGAUUUGGUAUACGACAAUGCCCUUGAGUGGAAACCGCCCCCUUCCAGUCUUGGAAGAGUGCCGCGUCCAUUCUGUAGCUGCAUACAAGACGGUCCUCAUCCCCUGUUUUUGGUCAGCAAACAAGUUCAUCACGAUGCCGUACCUAUCUUCUUCCAACGCAACCGGUUCCUUGUGUUGCCGCCCGGCGACAUUUACGGCUACCGACCUCAACUGUACGAUCCAUAUAUGGGUGUCCCGCCUCCAGAUUACCGGCGUCGCAUCGUCAUUCCCAUGCAUCGAGUAGAGUUAUCGCUCUUUCUUUCUUCGCUCGCUCGGAAUGCUCUCCAACACAUCCGUUAUCUGGAGUGGCUCCUGCCACAAUUUGAGAACUACACGACCGCGCCGAAAUCUGCCUAUCUGGACUAUCUCGACACCAUCGAACUGAUGGCGCAUUCAAUGAAUCUUCCACUGCUCACCCUCGUCGUAGACCUCCGAACCGAGUACCCAUACCAGGACUGGGAGUUGGACAAUUUUUGCUGGCCGCGACGGCAUGCCGCGGAUGGUGCACUAUACGACAGGAUUCUCCAGCCCUUAUGCAGACUCGAAGGGUUGAAGGACUUCUUCGUGUAUCUGCGGCGCGUGAAGAAGCAUACCCCAGGCUAUCCCUGGCAAUUUCAUCCUCGACUAAGGUGGGCGUACGAUAAGGAUGAGAUGAAGUACGAAAAGGCAGUCAUGGGAGCGAACUAUGAUAGUCGACGGAGGGCAAAACCGUGGAUGAAUCGGUUUGAGACGAAGAUGUGGCGGCGUCGUGAGGAUGCGGAUGAGGCUGAAAGAUCGAGAUUGUAUGACUAUAGGGAUUAUGACCCUGGUCUCGAUGAUCGUUGA